ACGGAGCUACAUGUACCCUUAUCGAAUGUGACCCAUAUUUGACGGAUUUGCCACAUGUAAACGUCCAUCGACAAGAUGGCAGUAGAGGUCCAAGCUAAAACCUUCCCCGGGGAGGUAUCAGAGACAUACCCGGAGCCAUUUACGACCAUCCCCCCUCAACCUGUCGAUCCUAAACCAGGGCAACUGACGGAGGAACAACUGAAGUUCUUUUUCAGCGAGGGAUAUUUAGUUGUGGAUAAGUUUUUCACCUCUGAAGAGUUAGAACCAGUGAAACAUGCAGUCGCCGCUCUAGUAGACGGCGUAGCGAUGAAACUUUUUAACGCAGGGAAAAUAAAAAAUCUUUACACUGAGUACGGUCUGUUUGAGCGACUCACCAAGCUAGAGGAGGAUUUUCCAGGGGCAUCUAUCGUUAUGUUCAAAACUGGAACGUUUCAAAAGGCGAUAGGCGACCUGUGGAGCAACGAGCGCCUGCUGAAUAUGAUGGAGCAACUGGUAGGACCGGAUGUGGCGGGCCAUCCGGUCUGGAACCUGAGGACCAAGACACCCAAAAAUAACCUGUGGACCAUCCCCUGGCAUCAAGACAGUGCCUACUUCAGCAACGACUCGUAUGAUCAUCUGAUUCCUACCGCCUGGAUCCCGCUCCUGGAUACCAAUGCUCAGAAUGGAGGAAUGCAGGUUGUUAGACGUGCUCACAGGGCGGGGAAAGUAGCCCGCCACACAUGUGCCUUUCAGUCCUCGUGGUACGUUGUACUGGAUGAGAAGGACAUUGAAAAUACAUUAGGGGUAAAUAUUCAGGAAGACGUGAUCACGUGUGACGUCCCCUACGGCGGGUUCUUACUUUUCCACAAUUUAACUCCGCACAGAAGUCUACCCAACAUGUCUUCUCGCAUUCGUUGGAGCCUGGAUCUUCGCUGGCAGUCGCCGCACCAGAAGUGGGGCUUUUACGACAUUGCGGAAGGCAUCCUGUUCCGAUCAGCGAGCAGUCCACAUCUGACCCCAGACUGGAAGAAAUUCUUGUCGGUAAACAGGAAGGAAGCAUGGCAGAAGAAGCACCUGCAGAAGUAUGAAGAAACGGACGAGUUUGACACAACAGUAACAGGGCCUUGGUUUUCAAGGUGGGAAAUUACUCACCGCAAUCGUCACACGGAAGCAUUCCGCAACUGAGUCACCUUCCAAACUAUUCGACAAACCUCGGUUACUUCCGUAUUUUUCUCCAAAUACGGAAACUCCCGAGGGAGCCCGAAUGAAAUGACUCGAUCUACGACAGUAUAUAUGGAAUUGUCCCAAGGAAUAGACAUAUCAAUCGUAUAUUUUUGCCUCAACUAUUGUAAUGUGCUAAAAGCAAUCAGUCUCUCCUACUGCAAUGAGGACCGAGCACAGCCAUCACAAAAGCUUUAAUACUAAAAUUUUCAGCGUUAAUGAAUUUACAGAUCUAUAUUUAUAGGUAUUACUGCUGAAAAGUAGAGUUCAAAUAAAAGGAGUAAAGAAGUGUAUUUUCAGGAAUACAGAAUGAAGCAUUGCAAGUUUUGAUAUUUAACGAAUUGUGUGAAAAUCUUCUGAAACUGAAUGAGUAAUAAAAUCACUACAACAUUUGUGGUGC